UGGAAUGACCAACAAUUGAACAGACCAGACCAAGCCUGGCCAGGCCAGGGGAUAUCUACCGUUGUCUUCAAUGUGUGGCACGGUCAUGGCUAGAAGCAGGGGGUGCGUGCUGUUAUUUCAGUCAUCAAUCAUCUUGGAGGUUACAUUUCACCAUCAAUAUCCGCCAUGGCCCAAACGGGUUCAAGGACCUUCAAAUGCUCACAGCAAACCCCUGCUUGCCCGAGCAUUCAAGGUCCACAAUCCGCAGGUCCACGACCCCUGCUCGGCGAAUCGAUUGGCUGCCACUCCACCAUCUCCAAAGUACCGAUACCUUCAGCAGCGCGCCAGGCAUGGGUGUCACUGUUUUUCUCCUCUAAAAUAGAGAACGAGUUUGUUGGAGAGUCUAAGAGUCCAGUUCUGUCUGUUUUUCCAUCCUUCGACCUGGCGUUCGCUAGCGCCUGCCCCAUUUCAAGACCGCCGUUCAGUGGGUUAGCUCCCUUGCACCCAAAAGCAUCUCGGUAA